CCACAGUCAGUCCAAACUUUUAACGAGCCAAGAACAGAGUGAGCCCACAGAUUCGAUAAGAACAUUUACAAUAUGCUAGCCUGCAAGCUUCUUCUCUCGCUGGUGAUGGGAAUGCACUGUGUGCAACUGCUAAUGGCGGCCUGUGUGUGCUCCGAGAAAGGAACGGACUACUGCCAGGGCUGCCAGGGAUCCACGGUGAUCCGUCCGAAGCCCCGAUACUACGAGCCCAGUGACCUCUCGCCGAUCGGUGACAACUGCUGGUGCAGCAAGCAACUGAUCGAACCGGCUCAAUUGCCCAAGACCUGUGGAAAAACCACACCAUGCAAGCCCACCUGUUCGUGCCAGCAGGUCAACUCCGACAGCAGCUACGCCUCCUCAUCCAGCUCAGGAUCCGUCUACGGAAACAUUGAAUAUGCGGCAGAGAAGAGAGUGGACAACAGUCCGGCAGCAGAUCCCAUCAGCGUGGGUCUGGCCGCCCAGGCCGGAAAGGCCAUCAAUGUGCCAGAGGCCAAGUUGGCCUACGGAUUUGCCCAGAAGCCCAUCGACGGAGAGAAGAAGGUGGUCUUCUCUAAUGUGCCCGAGGAGAAUCUCUUCAAGUUGAAAAGCGAGGUGAUCACGCUGAAGAAGCGUACCUAUGUGGCCAAGCAGGAGGAGGAAGAGGAGUACGCCGAGGAGGAGCAGGAGCAGGAGCAGUCGGCCGAUGAUGAGGAGGCGCCGCAGCUCACCUACAAGCAGCUUGGCUACAUCACCGAGCAGUACAAGAACCCCAAGUUCAGGAAGAUCAGCAGUUCCAGCUCCAGUUACGCCUCCAAAGACUCCAGCGAGGGCUACGGCAAAGUGGCCGGCAAAGUGUCCGUAGACUGUGGAUUUAAGCCCGGCAGGAUCACCUCGUACCGGAAGUCAAAACGACAGGAGUCCGAUGACGAAUACUACUAAAACAUACCCCUUCAUUUAGCGAUCCUUCCGUUUGUAAAUAUGUAUAUACGCUAGGGAAUGAAUGGAUGUUUGUCUAAGUUAGUUUUUAAAAUAUAUAUUUAUACAAAGUGCAUA